AUAAUUACAUCGGGUUCACGAGCCGCCGCCACUAGUAGCGAUGCGCACGCGCAGCUGCAACAUGUCCCUCGUGAACGCUUCCACGGGCGCGGCCCGGCUCCCUGUGACGCUGCUGCUCUUGUCUUGUGGAUUUCUAGUCGUCACAGCUCAAGCAGGAUCGGAUCAGUCAGACGACUCGGAGGUCUUCGUACGGGAUGGUAGUAGUCGAGUCGCGCGCUCUGCAAGUCAGCGUUUCUUGCAGGUGAUAUCAGGCUACGAUGAGGACUAUGAUUGGCUGCAGUCUCUGUUGUACCCAGACCGUAGCAACAGGCUCCGAGCGACCAGUUUGCCGUUGCUAGUCCUACCCGUCGAGGUGCCUCUGCGACGCGAAAGCAACAGUAGGCUGACCCAACGACGCAUGAAUUACGAUUAUGAAGAAGACGAGGAAAGUACUUGGCAAGUUAAUCAUGGAGACCGGCGGCAGAAUAAACGGCGGCCUUCCUACAUACGAGAAGACCAACCAUCAGACGAUGAAUUCCCAGAAUUUCAAUACAAGAAGCGCCCACAGCGACCUGUUCUCAGAGACCCGAACAUCCCCGCUUACUCUUAUUCAUCUGAACCCCACGCUAACCCAAAUAUUGUCUCCAGUGUUCCGUCAUCGCAACUUGUAGAGAAAUUCCGUGCUCAGACUCCUAAAGCAUUCGGUAUGCCGGCUUUCGUGCAAUCUGAAUUCGAUAUCAGUGAACGCAUAAUUUUACCUGACGAUGAAGAUGACGGAGAGCUGGAAGAGACACACAAGGCGACUACUGGUGUAAGAAAUACACGAGCUAUAUUCACGACUAACAGGGCAAAACCCGAAGAAAUCACCCCAUCACGUCCUAGUUUUACUAAGCCCUUGAAACUUCGCGCCGUGCUGAGCGUGCCUCGCGCUGACUACUCCGAGUCUUAUACGGCUUGGUGGGAUCCUGUUAAAGGUGAUUCGCGCAUUCAUUUUCAAGAUGGAUCCACAGUGACUUUUCGGAAAAUGCUACCUGAUGGAUUAGUUAAAAAAGUAGAGAUGCACGUAGACCGUUCUGGAGAGCGUGUGGUUAGCUGCGGUGUGGCCACCACUGUCGCCUCAGCCGCUGAUCGCGCCAACCCGGCUCUGCCAGAUAUGCAACUUUUUACUUUCUCUGGCUAUGAGCGCACUGAGAAUGGUUUGGUGGAGCGAUGGCAGCACACGGUGUCCGGUCGUGGUGACGCCAGUGGAGAGACGGUCACCACGCGACACGAGCUGUUCCUGACUCGUACCGAGCAAGACUUUGUACGACCUGUACGGUACCGUGUGUCGGUGAACAGUACUCUGCUGGGAUCGGAUUGUGACACUUACGAGCACUUUUACUAUGAUGCAUGCCCUCACAACCGUAAACCUCAGUUUUUUGAAGCAGAUAUAAAUGAAUUUUGCGAUGAAGUGCAGCAGUUGAACGCAUCGUCGCCGGACGACAUCGCGAGACUUGAGCCGCUGCGAGAAUUUACAAUGCCGGGACGCGACCCCCGUUACGAUGCGGUCUUAGAGAAGUUCAAGAAAAAUUAUGCACGUAAGUUCGCCAACGACGUCGAGGGCGCAGUGCGAAAGAAUAUUCUGAUUCAGAGUUCAAGGCUCAUAUCGUCCGCAAACCGCGCCGGCGCGACCGUACAGUUGGGACUGAACUUCCUCGCUGAUCGCCUCGACGAAGAGAUGAGCGACAUGACGGGAGUGGCGCGGGGAGGGGAGCGCGAGAGCGCAGAGAAGUUCCCGCACGUGCGCUCUUCGCUAGCGGCACAAGAGCGGCGCCUACCGGAAAAGUUUGACUGGCGAGCGCUGGGCGGCGUAUCUCAUGUGCGAUUCCAGGGCACCACGUGCUCGUCGUGCUGGGCGGUGGCGGUGGCGGGCGCGGUGGAGGGCGCACUGUUCCGUCGCACAAGGCGCCUCGUGCCGCUUUCCGAACAGAAUCUCGUGGACUGCGCGGGCCCAUUUGGUGGAAGAGGCUGCAAUGGUACAUGGCCGAGCUACGCAUACGACUACAUCCAACAUCGAGGUUUGCCAGCCCUGGAGGAGUACACGCCCUACAAGGGGGAGGUGCAGCAGUGCAACACGGAUAUCGCUCAGCCCGUCACGCGCAUCAGUGCACACGUCAAUGUCACUAAAUACAGUGUUCCGGCGUUACAGGUGGCCAUUAAGGAGUACGGCCCGGCCGUGGUCAUCGUAGACUCGUCAGCGAAGAGUUUCCAAUUUUAUAAGAAAGGAGUUUUAUAUGAUGACCGUUGUUUAAAGAAAAGUUCAAAACACGCAGUCUUAGCGGUGGGUUGGGGCCAGAAGAAAGGCGAGCCUUACUUUAUAUUGAAGAACUCGUGGUCGGAGGCGUGGGGCGAGGGUGGGUACGUGCGUGUGCAGGCGCGUGCGAACACCUGCGGCGUUCUCACUCACCCCUCUUAUCCACGUCUCACAGACGACGACGUGUUGUUGGAAAAAAAGACCUCUUAAAUAAAUAAAUGGUUCUAAA